AUGCUCAAGUUUGUGUAUCCAACUCCAAGUAGUUUGACAAUCUCAGCCAAGGAGAUCAUGUAUGGCAUGCCGAUGUGUUUGUGGUCAGCGGUCGGCGGUCGGCGAGAAGGCAAGGUCGACGAUGGUCCACUUGUUGCCCUCACCCACUGUGAUGGAAAUGAUAUGAGCAAGAAAUUGGAUCUCGAGCCAGAAAUGGCUAAGGUCCGCCGAGCCUUGAACAUCCCUCUAAGGUUUCACAAAUGGCGCUGGCUAUUUAGAGAGUAUCAAAAGAAAGCUAGUGGUAUUCCCACUGCCAAGGAUAUUGAGAAAUGGAGGCAGUAUGGCCUACCUACCUGUUGA